AUUCAUAAUAACUUAUGGUUACGCCUAGUGCAUCGUCUUAUGGCGAUGGGUGCGGUAUGUUAUAUGUAAAACUGGUUUCCCUGGAUUCUGCGUGUAAAGAUGAUGAAAAUUCAAGCAAAUAUUAUGUGAACAUUCGGGUUUGGGAUCGUGAACGCCAGCCGAACAAAGCUGUGCCGAUGGGAACUAAAAUCGAUAAAUCGUUUAUAUUUGACGGAAUUGUGUACUACGGAAAUACAAACAUAAAUAUAUCGUUAAAACGAAAGCGUACACUACGAAAACCCCAAGUGGCAGCCACGGGCUCUUUCCGGCUGUUAAAUUGCAUUUAUAAGAAGUGGAUGGAAGAACGGCAAGGGAAGCAGGGAGACCAAUAUGCUGCAUUAACUGAGCAAACCGAGUUUACUCCCUCCGUGUCCUUUCUCACGAAAGAGCAGGCGAUUGCCUACACACUUCCAUUCCAACGACUCACGUACGUCUCGCUCCUUCCUCAUCAUGAGCAUUCCUCUUUAUCAAAGCAACCAAACUCAAAUCGCCACCCUCACCGUAAACAUACUCUUCAUUCCCUACUCUCUCCGCAAGCCUUUCGGCAGUCGCCCUCCCCUCAUGCACAUGGCAGCCAUCAUUAACGACGUUCCUCUCCUAAAGCGCGCGAUCGACGUCGACAACCGCGGCGAUCUCUGGGAGUUCAA